CCCGCGACGUCGCAGGGCGGAGGCGCGGCCGAUGGGUCACGUGGCGAAUCAGCCCAGUGACGGGCGGAGCUGCAAGGGUACUUAGUGUUGCGCCCCAGAGGCCAGGUGCUGCUCGGUUCGGCUCGGCGGCUGCAGGCCCAGGCUGCAUCUCUGCGCUCGGUGGGUGCAGGAUCCAGCUUCCAGAAUGUGGUGGUCCUUGAUCCCUCUCUCUUGCUUGCUGGCACUGGCGAGUGCGCAUGACAAACCUUCCUUCCACCCGCUGUCGGAUGACCUAAUUAACUAUAUCAACAAACGGAAUACGACAUGGCAGGCUGGACGAAACUUCUACAAUGUUGACGUAAGCUAUCUGAAGAGGCUGUGUGGUACCAUCAUGGGUGGACCCAAGCUGCCUGAAAGGGUUGGGUUCGCUGAGGACUUGCAGCUACCUGAAAACUUUGAUGCGCGGAAACAGUGGCCCAACUGCCCAACUAUCCAGGAGAUUAGAGACCAGGGGUCCUGCGGCUCUUGUUGGGCAUUUGGGGCAGUGGGAGCCAUGUCUGACCGACUCUGCAUCCACACCAAUGGCCAUGUCAAUGUGGAGGUGUCUGCUGAGGACCUGCUUACCUGCUGUGGUAGCCAGUGUGGGGAUGGCUGUAAUGGUGGCUAUCCCUCUGGAGCAUGGAACUUCUGGAUAAAAAAAGGCCUGGUUUCUGGUGGACUCUACAAUUCCCACGUAGGCUGCUUGCCAUACACCAUACCUCCCUGCGAGCACCAUGUCAAUGGCUCCCGGCCCCAGUGCACUGGAGAAGGAGACACUCCUAAGUGUACCAAGAGCUGUGAGGCUGGGUAUUCCCCAUCCUACAGAGAAGACAAGCACUAUGGAUACACUUCCUACAGCGUAUCUAACAAUGAGAAGGAGAUCAUGGCAGAAAUCUACAAAAAUGGCCCAGUGGAGGGUGCCUUCACUGUGUUUUCAGACUUCUUGACUUACAAAUCAGGAGUAUACAAGCAUGAGGCCGGUGACAUGAUGGGUGGUCAUGCCAUCCGCAUCCUGGGCUGGGGAGUAGAAAAUGACACCCCCUACUGGCUGGUGGCCAACUCUUGGAACGUUGACUGGGGUGAUAAUGGCCUCUUUAAAAUUCUCAGAGGAGAGGACCACUGUGGAAUUGAAUCAGAAAUUGUGGCUGGGAUCCCUCGCACUGACCAGUACUGGGGAAGGUUCUAAUUCGCUGUGACCUGGUUGGCCAGUCCUUAGGGAAUUUUCCCUACCUUUAGCUACCCAGGCUGAGAGUGAGGCAGACAGGACAGUGUUUGAUUCCUUGAAUUCACCUAAGAUGCACGAAGUUUCCAGCAAGGCUUGAGCAACUGGACCAGAGCUGCCUGCCAUCAGAGCUGUCCUUCACAUGUUUUCUCCUUACCUGGCUCCCUCCCAGCCUAUCCCAUGGCAGUGAUCACAGUCUGCAUCCUAGCCUCCCCCUAGACUAGUGCUCUUUGUAGUGCCUGCUGCUGUGGCUCUGCCUGCCACCCCUGCCACCCCAUCCCAACAUCUCCAGAGCACCAUAGACCUAAAGGCUUUGGCUGCAGGUUUUCCAAAAGACUGGAAUGCCAACUUCAUGAUGAGGACAAACAUCGCCUGUCAGCUGCACCUUGAAGCCAGUCACUACCUAAGUUUGUGGCAGACAUUGAUGGCCCAAUGCCGUUCUCUCAAGAAAGCUACCUUUUUCCAGGGUACCUGUGUGCAUCACCCUUGAUAAUGUGUCAAGCCCUCCCUGGUCUUGUCUUCAGCUUUGCUUUUUCAAUAGUUUUAUUUUUUUGUGCAACUCAACUGAGUAUGUGAAAUGAACAGGUCUGAUUAGUUGAACUGUACAAGUUUUGCAGAUUCUCUCCUAAUUGUAUGGCUUAAAACAAGCUAAGUGGUCCUAGUUUGCUGAGUGACCUACUGACCUCAGACACCACAGUGAAGCUAGUCUGGCAAAAAACAAAACAAAACAAAAAACCCUCUUUUAUUAUGUUGUAGAGUCACCACUUUACCCUGUCAGUUUAACAAGGAAUGACUGUGCCAAUAAACCAACUCUCCUCUGCUUGAAGUCUGCUCUCAUGGCCACCUGGAGGCAGGGUGAGCAGUCCUGUGCUGCAUUUUCAA